CCACAAUCCCAAACAUGCCGGCUUUCACAUUUACUCGCUGAGGACCCUUGCGCACUCGACUCUGUUGCUCUGCAUACCAGUAAUAACAUAAUAACUUCAAAGUCGGACUCUCAGACCUCUCAAGGCCUGCUUUGACCCCCACCUUUCAGGCAGUCGCUGAGACGCCCGAGACACGCGAGCUUGUGAGCCAUGGAAAGGAUACGCGUUAGCAAAGUAGAAGAUGUCUACCUCUUGCGCAGAGGCGUACGCUUUGACGGCACCCUCCACCUGAUGCCCCACCACCUCGUCUUCAGCUACCUUCCGAGCAAGCCUGCAGACGCUCCGCCAGAUGCAAAGCCUCCGCGGCAGAAAGAAGUAUGGAUCACAUAUCCGAUGGUCAACUACUGCUGCCUGAAAUCAUGCCCACCGGUCAUGCGACAGCAGCCGUCGAUCCGUAUACGCUGUCGCGAUUUUACCUUCUUUGCGUUCUUUUUCCCCGACGAGAAGAAAGCUCGCGACGUAUAUGACAGUAUCCGCGCAUUAUCAUGCAAGAUCGGUCGGCUCGAUAAACUUCUAGCAUUCAGCUAUCAACCGAAGCCCCCGGAGGAUCAGUUCAACAGCUGGGACAUAUACGAUGCGAGUCGAGAGUUCAAGCGGUUGGGUAUAAGUCCCAAAGAUUCGGAAAAGGGCUGGCGGAUAUCUGAGAUCAACGCCGAAUACAAGUAUUCAAAGACGUACCCUGCACUCAUUGCAGUGCCCUCGAAAGUAUCGGACAGUGUUCUCCGAUACGCUGGCGCAUACCGAUCGAGACAGCGCAUACCUGCACUUGUCUACCGCCAUCCACUCAACAACUGCUCUAUAACACGAAGCUCACAGCCUACACCCGGCAUCACAGGGAAUCGUAACCCUCAAGACGAGAGACUUGUGGCAGCGAUAUGGGCAACGAACCGUGGGUGGAACCCUGCGCCGACUCCAGAUCUUGCUCGGUCCACUGCCGACCUGACCAUCGAGAAUGGAUCUAGUGCCGACAGCUCCUUCGUUGGUAUCGGAGAUGCUGAGGCCGUGAAUACCGGAAGAACACUGGCAGACGACCUGAGUGGCUCCGCCGAGUCUGACGAAAACGGCCCGAAAGUAUAUGGUGCGCAGCAGCGCAAUCUGAUCGUUGAUGCUAGGCCAACUGUGAACGCAUACGCUAUGCAGGCUGUAGGGUUAGGAUCAGAGAAGAUGGACCACUAUCCAGGAGCCGAGAAAGCAUACCUCGGCAUUGACAACAUCCACGUUAUGCGGAAGUCGUUGAACACAGUCAUCGAUGCACUGAAGGAGUCAGACCUAACAUCAUUCCCACCUAAUCAGCAGUUACUGGCCAAAAGUGGUUGGGUAAAACACACUGCAAACAUCCUCGAUGGCGUAGCACUCAUAGCUCGCAGAGUAGGUAUCAUGCAUUCUCACGCUCUGAUUCAUUGUUCAGAUGGAUGGGAUCGAACAAGCCAGCUUAGUGCUCUCAGCCAGAUCCUGCUCGACCCCUACUAUCGAACAAUGGAAGGCUUCAUUGUACUUGUAGAGAAAGACUGGCUAUCGUAUGGCCAUAUGUUCAGACACCGCACCGGCUUUCUGAGCCAUGAGAAAUGGUUUUCAAUCGAAAACGAACGUAUAGAACGCAAGACCGACGGCCAAGGUGGCGGUAAUGCGUUCGAGAACGCGCUUCGUGGAGCAAAAGGCUUCUUCAACCGGCAAAACGAGUCGAAUGAGUCGUUGAAUCAAUUGCCAGAAACUAAUAGUACAGAGAACGUGGGGGGUGUAUCAGACGCCACGGCCGCUAAGCCUUCAAGCAAGAUUGGUGCUGCUGAGGAGCAUCGCGUUACGAAGGUCAAUGAGUUGUCGCCAGUCUUCCACCAAUUUCUGGACUGUGUAUACCAACUUCAGUACCAACAUCCGACACGGUUUGAGUUCAGUGAACGCUUUCUACGACGGCUACUAUAUCACCUUUACUCGUGCCAAUAUGGCACUUUCUUGUUCGACAACGAGAAGGAACGCAUGGAGGCCAAGGCGAAGGAGCGAACGAGGAGUGUAUGGGAUUAUUUCCUUUGUCGAAAGCAGGAAUUCCUAAACCCAAAGUAUGAUCCUGUGGUCGACGACUCCGUGCGAGGAAAAGAACGCAUGAUCUUCCCUCGCAAAGGUGAGGCCAGAUGGUGGGCUGAAUGUUUUGGGCGUACAGAUGACGAGAUGAAUCUCUACGGCCCUCAACUACCGCCGAGUCUCACACCCCAGACCAGCAAUGUAUCAAACGGCCGGAGCGGGACGAACACACCACUACGCAAUGAACCAAUUGUGACUGGCACGGAGACGGCAGAGGGCGCGACAGGUGCAGGCACGACCGCUGAUCUACCACCCACGCAUGCGGUUGAAGAGCGCUCAAGUAGCGUAUCUGCUGCUUCGCCAACACCGUUCGACGCUGCAGCGGCACUGGGUCAAGACUUGAAGCAAGGUCUUGUCGCAGGAAUGGGGAGAUUGGGAAUUGGCGGCCUCAGUCCCCGACCCAGCAUGGAAUCAAACAGACCAUCGCCAAGGCUCAGUACCGAUACGAGUGCGCAGAACGAUAGGCAGAGGAGUAGAAGCAGAGGCAAGGAAACGAGAGGAGAUGUGGAGGUUGAGAUGCAAUGAUGCAAGACCCUUGAUCAAUUAUAGAGAUACAUCGAAACAGUAGGCGUGAGCCUGCUCAAUGAUUCGAACUACGAUGAAAUGAUACCCACGACGCUGAAGACUGUCACGAUCUACAAUUCAUUUGAUACUUGGAUCUUGCUUUCAUUUUUGAUUGUCGCAACUCUGCAUCGUUCAAGAGGCAUGUCACAGAUCAAGCUUAGUCGCUCAGCCUGUGUGGCGC